GCCCUGCCGGGAUGCGCUACCCCCUUGGGAUGUGACAGCCAGACCCGGACGCCUGGGUUCGGGCAGCAGGGCGGGGGGGGUCUGUGCGUCUCUCCGGCGGCCAGCAUGGCCUCCCCACCCGCCUGCGCCGGGCCCCCGGCCCUCCCCUCUUCCCCCAGCACCCCGGGAGGGUGCCUGGCAACCCCGGAGCUCGCCUCGCUGCCGCCGGGAUCCUGCGCCGCUUGCCAGGGAGUGUCGUUCCACAUCCAGAUCGGGCUGACCCGGGAGUUCGUGCUGCUCCCAGCCGCGUCGGACUUGGCCCAUGUCAAGCAGCUGGCGUGCUCCAUAGUGGACCAGAAGUUCCCAGAGUGCGGCUUCUAUGGCCUCUACGACAAGAUCCUGCUCUUCAAACAUGACCUGUCGUCUGCCAACAUCCUGCAGCUGGUGCGGGUGGCCGGAGACAUCCAGGAGGGAGACUUGGUGGAGGUGGUGCUCUCAGGUAACACGUGCUUCCCAGAGUGCGGCUUCUAUGGCCUCUACGACAAGAUCCUGCUCUUCAAACAUGACCUGUCGUCUGCCAACAUCCUGCAGCUGGUGCGGGUGGCCGGAGACAUCCAGGAGGGAGACUUGGUGGAGGUGGUGCUCUCAGAGUGCGGCUUCUAUGGCCUCUACGACAAGAUCCUGCUCUUCAAACAUGACCUGUCGUCUGCCAACAUCCUGCAGCUGGUGCGGGUGGCCGGAGACAUCCAGGAGGGAGACUUGGUGGAGGUGGUGCUCUCAGACGUGCCCAUGGAAGACGUCAGCGACCUCAGCGACGCCGACAAGAACUCGCUGAUGGACGAAUCGGACGACUCGGGCAUCAUCCCCGGCUCGCACUCGGAGAACGAGCUCCGCGGCGGGGACGACCCUGAUGAUGACGCUAGCAAGUCCCAGGGAUCCAUGGGCUACAUCCCGCUGAUGCGGGUGGUGCAGUCGGUGCGGCACACGAACCGGAAAUCCAGCACGGCGCUGAAAGAAGGCUGGAUGGUUCACUACAGCAGCAAAGACACUCUGGGGAAAGAACUCCCCGGCCAAAAGGGGCACAUUCCAGAGGUGGAAGAGGUGGAAAAAGUCAAAUCCAUAUGUCGCAGUCAGACUCAGAAGGGUAUUAAAAUCACCUUCAACCUCUCCCUGAAAUCACCUGAUGCAGCUCUGAGGAACCCUGCUCCAGACAGGAAGACAACUCUGAGCUCCUGUUCUGACUUGGAAGAGAACCUGUCUCAGUGCCCCAUCACGGAGAGAACAGUCACCUUGGGUCAAAGGCUAAAAGAACGUCCAGAUGCUAUCAUGGCAGAUGUCCCUUGGAGAGCUACCCACUCUAGAACCCGUCUUCAUGUCCAGUGGGCGAUGGAGAAAGGAAGGACAACUCCAGCUGUCGCCGAGAAACAGAAUUCAUUGCCUGGGCUAUACGGGAUCGAGGCCGACAGCGAAGAUACCAAUGGAAACCGCCGCUGCCAAGUUUGUUCCUCGGCACGAGCAAUCGGCAGAGCAAACUCUACCGGUGGCGGCUGCAGGACGGCGCACGGCCUGUGGUUGCAACUGCCAGCCAGCCAGAAGGCCCAGUGGUUCCAGUCUCGGGUGGUAGGAAGAGCCCUCUCCCAGAACAACCCCUCCAGUCGCUACUACAAGGAAAUCCCACUGUCGGAGAUCCUGGCAGUGGAACUGGCCCAGAACUUCACCCCGGUGCUGCCGGGCGCCAACCUGCACUGCUUCGAGAUCGUCACGGCCAACGCCACGUACUACGUCGGGGAGAACUGCGCUCCCGCCCCGUGCUCCGCCAGCCAGCAGCACAGCGGGGUCGGGCUGGAGGUGGCCACGGCCUGGGAGAAUGCCAUCCGCCAGGCCCUCAUGCCUGUCAUCCUGCAGGAUGCGCCCAGUGCCCAGGGACAGGCCCCCCACAGGCAAGCGUCACUUAGGAUCUCCGUGUCCAACAGCCAGAUCGAGGAGAACGUGGUGAGUAUAAGCUCCCGCUCCCGGUCUCUGUGUAUAGAGAGGAAACGUGAGCAAACGGGCCAGGAGGAGUACAAAAGAAUAACACAAAACCAGAGAAGCCCAGGGCACAAAACGAGCUACAUUCCGCAAGCGACAGAAAGGGAGCUAAGGAGAAGCUGCACAGUUACCCCCGGAGCAAGAGAAAGGGAAAAGGAGAGUGCAGGCCCGCUACUCAGCCGGGAAGGAGCACUAAAAACGGGGGCAUCGGGAAGACGGCGGCUCGCCUGCCUGUUUUGCUUCAGUGGUUUCGGAAAAGGUUAAUUUGCAACCAGGCACUUAACAGCAAGAAGAAAAGGGAAGCGGAACAAGCCCAAAUAGGGGAAAAAUCAGGUAGGGCUAUUCUAGUCAUCGGGUGAAAUGCCCCCGGUGGUACUUACGGAACUAGCUACAGCAAAAUCGUGGAACGGUUGACAAAUAUCUUCAAAGCCCGUGGAGUGCAGGUGAGGUCUGU